GUCCUAUAAAAAUCUCAUCAGCACAAAUCCAGAGAACACAAGCCCAUAGAUAUCAGCAACCAAGCAAUCAGCAGUUCUCACCACCAAAUCCACGAGCUCGAGAGGCAUCUGUCUCCUCUGCUCUCGCGUUAGCGAAGCCAGCACCCAGCAGCAGAGAAGCAUAAUGGCGGCGGCAAGAGCCGGAGCGUUGGCCGUGGCGUGCCUCGUGGCCGCCAUGGCGGCGGCGGCGCUGCUGCUGGCCUCGCCGGCGUCGGCGCAGUCCGGGUGCACGACCACGCUGAUCAGCCUGUACCCGUGCCUGAACUACAUCAGCGGCAACGUGUCGACGCCGCCGUCGUCGUGCUGCUCGCAGCUCGCCAGCGUCGUGCAGUCCAACCCGCAGUGCCUCUGCGCCGCGCUCAGCGGCGACUCCUCGUCCCUCGGCGGCGUCACCAUCGACAAGACGCGCGCGCUCGCGCUCCCACAGGCCUGCAACGUCAAGACCCCGCCGGCGAGCAAGUGCAACCCUGCCAGCGGUGGCAACGCUCCGGGCGCGGCGACCACGCCGUCGACCGGCGUGCCAGCGACCGCAGGGACCAGCGGCGGCGGAUCGAAGGCGACGCCGACGGCGCCGAACCUGACAUCCGGCGGCGCGUCGAUCCGGGGGGCGGUGAGCCUGGCGCUCGCAUUCGCGGCUGUCGCCGUCUACGCGGCCGCCUCGGCCGUGUGAGCAUCAUCUCGGCUCAGCUGGAGCAUGUUUCCCUCGGCGUUUGGAGAUUCACAGCCGUUCAUGAUGUGUUUGUGUUAUUGUUGUACCGUGAAUUGGCUGAUCAUGGCAUUGAGUUUUGGGCAUCACAUUUGUAAUAUUGGUUAUAUCUAGUUAUCGCAGUAAAGAAUAUUGUUCGUGGUUUUAUUUUG